GGCGAGGUCGGAAAAAACUUUGGGCAGUUGAUACUUCGAAGCCUCCCGUGAGGGUUUAGGGGACGCGCCGGAGGCAGGGGGGACCGUUGGUAAUACACAAUGGCAGACGACGACUACAAUGACAUGGAUAUGGGAUAUGAAGAUGAACCUCCAGAGCCUGAGAUUGAAGAAGGUGUAGAGGAGGAUGUGGAAAACAAUAACAAUGAUGACGUGACUGGAGAACCACUUGAAACUGAAGAUAAGGAAGAACAAGAAGCUGCAGAAAGGCCUAGGAAGACGUCCAAAUAUAUGACAAAAUAUGAGCGUGCCCGGAUAUUGGGUACCCGUGCUCUGCAAAUCAGUAUGAAUGCACCUGUCAUGGUGGAGUUGGAGGGGGAGACUGACCCUUUGGAGAUUGCUUUGAAGGAGCUUAGAGAGCGGAAGAUUCCAUUUACCAUCCGCCGUUACUUGCCUGAUGGAAGCUAUGAAGAUUGGGGAGUUGAUGAACUGAUUGUGGAAGACUCCUGGAAGAAGCAAGUGGGUGGUGACUGAUUUGCUCUCUGAUCUAGCAAAAUGAGGCGUGUGGAGUAAAGGAAACUAAGAACACACAGACAUUUGAAAAAUAUCUCUUUUAUAUUGUCUUCUGAUCACAUUGGAUCUGUGUGUCUUGUUGCCAAACUAUGACCAUACUAGAAACUUUGUUUAUUGUGCUGUUAUAAUCACUGGCUUUGUCUAUGUGUCAUUGUUGUUUAAGCUUCCCAUUUUAGCAACCCACUAGCCCAUGGAGUUUGAGAACAUGACUCGUGAAUAGUGUGACUUGUUAGAGUUUUGAUAUUAUAUAUAUAAUUAGAUUUUGUUGGGAUCUC